AAGUGAGUCUGCAGGGCUGCAGCUGGAUGCCUCUCGCUUUUUACACUCCUCUACGUGACGUGUCCAUUAAACCAGGAAGUGAGAAUGAAUAGCCCAAACUGAGCCAAAAAGCACAGUAAACUGUGACCAGUAAACAAGUGAUCCGCAUUCGUCAGCAGGGGCUCAACAUGCGUCAAAAGAUCCUGGUGACAGGGGGGGGUGGAUACAUUGGCAGUCAUUGUGUUGUGGAGCUAAUUGAGGCGGGUUAUCACCCUGUGGUUAUCGAUAACUUCAGCAAUGCUGUCAGAGGAGAGGGUGAUGUUCCUGAGAGUCUCCGGAGGGUAGAAAAGUUUCUUAACACUCAGAUUGAGUUCUAUGAACUAGACCUUCUGGAUAAACCUGGACUGGAGAAAAUAUUCAAAAAGCACUCCUUUUAUGCAGUAAUGCACUUUGCUGGACUGAAAGCUGUGGGUGAAUCAGUAGAACAGCCUUUACGAUACUACAGAGUCAAUCUCACAGGAACCAUCAAUCUGCUUGAGGUUAUGCAGUCUUAUGGGGUGCGUAAUCUGGUAUUCAGUAGCUCAGCUACUGUUUAUGGAGACCCCCAGAAACUACCCAUUGAUGAGCACCAUCCAGUGGGAGGCUGCACCAACCCCUAUGGCAAGACCAAGCACUUCAUAGAGGAAAUGAUCUUGGAUCAGUGCAUUGCAGAGAAGGAUUGGAAUGCUGUGCUGCUCAGGUAUUUUAAUCCUAUUGGUGCUCACCUGUCAGGACAGAUUGGCGAGGAUCCACAAGGAAUUCCAAACAACCUUCUGCCUUAUGUUGCCCAGGUUGCCAUUGGUAGACGAAAGCAUCUGAAUGUGUUUGGAAAUGACUACAGCACACCUGAUGGAACAGGUGUGAGAGACUACAUACAUGUUGUGGACUUGGCAAAGGGACACAUAGCUGCCCUUAAAAAACUAAAAGAAAGCUGUGGAUGUAAGGUUUAUAACCUGGGCACGGGUACAGGCUACUCAGUGUUAGAGAUGGUGAAAGCCAUGGAAAAGGCCUCAGGUCGAAAGAUUGCCUAUCAAAUUGCUCCUCGGCGGAGUGGUGAUGUGGCUUCUUGCUAUGCAGAUCCCAGUCUGGCAGAGAAAGAGCUGGGCUGGAAAGCUGAAUAUGGCCUGGGAAGAAUGUGUGAGGAUCUAUGGCGCUGGCAAUCCCAGAAUCCCACAGGAUUCAGUAAUGGAACAGUACCCUGAACCUGGAUGAUUCAAAGCCGGCUGCAUAAUAAAGAUUUGGGCCAAAUGCAAAAUGAAGUCUCUAAAUUUUUUUUAUAUAAUUUUAUCUAGAUUUAUUAUACUAUUAACAAAUCUGAAGCCAAAAUGAGAGAUUUGUUUCCAGCAAGUAAAAUAUUUGCUUCUGUAUUUUCUAAUUUACACCGUCACUUACCUUAGUUUCAUGAUUGUAAACUGAAUGGAUUAUUUCUAAUCUAAAAUUAUUUAUACUGUCAGUGUGAAAUAAUAAAGAUAUAUUUCUUGUGAUUUGAAA